CUUGGAAGCCAGGAGGACCUUGCAGCCAGACCCAAGCAGGACAGAUGGAGGAACUGAAAAUGCUCCCACAUGGAAGCUUUGGCGUUCUGUGGCUUCUGCUGCUCUUAAACGUCUCUGGAAGCGCUUUUGAUUUUCACCUAUUCAAGGACGUUGAGGUCCGAGAGGGCGCCGUGAGGCUCUCUGGCCAGGACACGCCGUGGAAGGGCCGCGUUGAGGUCUACCACGACGGCAAGUGGGGAACUGUGUGUGAUGACGGCUGGGACAUGGCGGCAGCUCAAGUGGUGUGUCGACAGCUCCAUUUCCCGCGGGCCAAAUCUGUUGUCAUUGGGGAAAACUACGGAGAAGCACCCGGACCGAUUUGGCUGGAUGAUGUGAAAUGUGACGGCACAGAGAAGAGCCUCUUCGCUUGCGAUAUCAACAAGUGGGGAAUGACCGACUGCACCCACAAGGAAGACGUCGGCGUCAUUUGUGAAUCCUGGAACAAAAGCGCGACGGUCCAUGAUUUCACGCAUUCGCUGGACCACAGCAUCGGUCUGGCGGACGAACUGGGCGCCGUGUUUGACAGCGGGGUGGGAUGCGACUUCCUGGUGGUCGUUCAGAGCCCCACCGGGAACGACGGCGUCAUGGAGACGACUGAGAGUAGCAUCUGCGCUCACAAAUUCAUCCUCUCGCAAUUCCCGUUUUUUAACACAUCGGAGGGAAUGGAGGUCAACGUCAGCUUGACUUGCCAGCCUCAUUUUCCCGCCUUUCUUAGGUAUUUAUACACCCGUAAAAUCCACGUCACUACUUCCUCGGCGCAGUGUCUGCACUGGAUGGCGUCCAAAUUUGGGAUGAAGCAACUAAUGGCGGACGUAGGGCGCAUGUUUACCCAAAUCCUUUCAGAGGAUGCUUCAUUUCGGACCCAAGUGUCCCUUCUUCAGUACGCAACAGAAACCGAAGACCCUUUCCUGGAGGAAAACUGCUUGCAGUAUCUGGCUUGGAAUUUCCAGAAAUUGACUCAGUCGCCGGCUUGGCUCAGCCUCUCCAAUCAGAACCUCGGAAAGCUCCUAUCCCGCUCGGAUAUGGUAGUCCCGGAUGAGUAUUUCCUGCUCCGGUCCGUGGAAAGCUGGGUCCAGGAGAAAGGUAACCAGUCCACUUGGGAUGCCCAGAUUGAGCUAUUGAACCGCAUCCGCUUCCCAAUGAUCCCUGCUGAGAAGCUGUACCAGCUGGAGGUCAACUCGUCCCUCCAUGACGCCCAUAAGAGCCUCUACCGGGAGAAGAUGUUCAAAGCCCUGCAGUUCAACGUCGUGCUCUUCAGUACGAGCGGCGAGCACCCCGAGUUGAGCCAAGAUGGCGACUACCAGCCCAGGAUCUACACGGCCGAGCCUUGGAGCGCCGUCAUCAACUCCACAAGAAAACCACAAGAAAGACGUCCUGCAAAGUCCCACAGGAUAGUCCACCACGGUAGCUACGGUAGCUAUGGUAACUACCGCCGCCACGGCUACCAGUCGUACGACCCGUACCCCACCAGCACGCCACGCCAACGGUCCUUAUCCAAGACGUUCAGCACGCCAUUCCACAAAAGUCUCCUCUUCAAAGCCGACACCAUGACCUGGGAGGCGCGCCUCUUCUCCACCGAGAGCGAGUGUUCCGGCGAAGGUCACAUCUGCGACUCGGUACCGGCGGCCAUGUUGUCUCGACAAAGCUUACUUACCCGGAAUAACAUCGUCUUUCGGAACCGGCUCGUGCUCAUGUGCCAGGGCCGCUUCGUCUGCCACGUUCAGGAGUUCAAAAACAACAUGGCGUACGUGGCCGCCAACGGAAGCCAGGUUUUGGCGUAUCCUUGCCCCGACGAGAAGCACCUGUACCGCUUUGUCGUACGCCCCGAGUUCGUCUGAAACGGCAAACAAAAAUAUUUUCUUUUCCUGUCCGCUGCACGAUAUCGACUCUAAAAUCAGCCACUCACGGGUCCUCUAACCCAAAGGUGUCCAAAGCUUGGCUUAGGGGCCAUUUGCAGGCCGUCUUUAUUGGCCCACAGUACAUUCUAAGAAUAGAAUUUAACAAAUUUUUACAAUAAAGUCAAAAAUAUUAAAUAUAAUGUAUUUUUUCCUCUUCAUACAGUAAUUUGACUUUUUAACUUUUUACUUUCUUCUUAGAAAUUUUAUUUUCAUAAUUAUGGUUUAUUCCUAUAAUAUUUUACAUAUUUUUUAGAUAUUUUCACAAAUUGACACCUUUUACAUGUAUUUUUUGUUUUUUUUAUAUGAUCCGAAAAGGAUUAUUUUUGCUACAUAUCGCUACAUUAUUCUCAAUAUUUUUCCUUUUUUUUCUUGUAAAAUUACCAUGGAUUUUUCCAUUUUUGCUCCUGUUAGUAGUUUUUUUUUCACGUUAAAAUAAUAUUGAAUUUUUAAUUUUGGACACCUCUAACCCGAGGGUGUCCAAAACUUGGCCUAGGGGCCAUUUGCAGGCCAUGGCUGUUUCUUUAUUGGCCAACAGCACAUUCUAAGAAUAGAAUUUAACAAGGAAAUAAAGCAAAAAUGGCAAUUUUGACAAUAAAGUCAAAAAUAAUAAAUAUGUUUUUUUUCCUCUUCAUACAGUAAUUUGACUUUUUAACUUUCUUUUUACUUUCUUCUUAGAAAUUUUAUUUUCAUAAUUACAAUUUAUUCUUAUAUUUUAGAUAUUUUUUAGAUAUUUUCCCAAAUUGACAGCUUUGUCAUUCAUUUGCAUGUAUUUUUCCUUUUUUUUUAUAUGAUCCGAAAAUGAUUAUUUUUGCUACAUAUUGCUACAUUAUUCUCUUAAUAUUUUUUCUUGUAAAAUUACAGUGGAUUUUCCAUUUUUUUCAGGUUAAAAUAAUAUUGAAUUUUAAAUUAAAUUAAUUAAUAAUAUUAAAUAAAUAUUGAGAAUCUGCUAAGGACCAAUUUAUAUUAAAAAAAAAAAAAAAGGCCCCCGGGCUACAGUUUGGACACCUCUAACCCGAGGUUGUCCAAAGCUUGGACUGUGGGCCAUUUGCAGGCCAUAGCUGUUUCUUUAUUGCCCCACAGCAAAUUCUAAAAAUAGAAUUUAACAAAUGAAGCAAAAAUGGCAAUUUUUACAAUAAAGUCAAAAAUAUGAAGAUAAUGUUUUGCUCUAAUCAAGAAUAAUAUCGUAAAAGAACUUGAGUCAGUCGGACGUUCCAAACAUAGGAAGAUAAUAUUCCCUUUCACGGCUAGAAAUGACAAUUAUGCUCCAUAGUCUUCUUUUAUUUCUGCAUCAUUUUGAAUAAAUCAUCAAUAAAUGAA